GUGUCGCGUUGCGGUUUCCAUGGAAGGUGGAAUCGGCUCUGUGAGCAUCGUGAGGCGCUGCUGAAGCGGGCUGUGCGCAUAUGUCGUGGUGUCGCGUUGCGGUUUCCAUUAAAGCUGGAAUCGGCUCGGGUUGAGGAAAGUGGGGCCUGUUGAUUGAUGAGUGAGCAAUUUUAUACGAAUAUAUAGCCUUGAACUUUGCAUGCAUUCUGUAAGUUAGUGCAUUUUAAGUCGAUUUAGUCAAAAAAAAGUGCCGCUAUAAUGCAUCGUUUGGGCUAAUUGGAGGCCACAAACAGAGCAUGAGAAUUUUAGUAGUAUGUAGAUGGUCUUAACUGGGAAAGGAGACUGUUGCUGAACAGUUUCUAACUAGUGUCAAUCGCAUGCACAUCGUGUAGCUGUUAAGAAACUACACUGAGCUUAGAGCAAACAGUUUAAAAAUAUUGUCACUUGUGCAUUUGUGUUCAAAAAGCAGUGACUUUUUUUUGUCACUGAUAGUGAGUAAUAAGCAGUAAGGCAGUAAGACAAUUCAGAUUUUCACAGUGGCUUCAAGCAUUCAGGCUUGGAAAUGCCAGAAGUGGCCAGGAGUGAAAAUGAAAUGAUUUUACUAAUUCAUCAAGUUAGGAGCUGCUAAAAAUUUGAAGGUAUCAACAAUCAUCUUGAAUGUUACAAUGAAAAUGAAGACUUAGGAUGCAAUCUUCAAAAGCAUUGUAUGAAGGCAGUCCAUUAUCUGCACUAGGUGUGCUAAUUUUGUUCAUUUAUAGUCAAUCAAAAGAGCAUGACAGUGUACACUGGAUGAAUUCCUCCAUCAAUAACGAUUAGGAACUCCUACACAGUUUUAUAGAACUGAAGUAGUUUUGGUAGUGUUCUAAUUUGUACUGAAUUUCAUUUAAAUUCAUAAUUUUUUACUUAGUUAAACGGUAGUUUGUCAUUUUUAUACCUUUUUAACUAUUUCCAUGGAAUAUUGGAUAAUUGCGCCAAAAUGUACUGGUCCUGCUCUGUACCAAUUAAUCAGAAUCCAUUGUAUAUAAAAAUGAUAGCACAUAGGACGAAUAUAAAGUAGAUUGCUUUUAUUCCCUCCUAUUAGAUUAUGAUUUUAAAAAUUUUUCCAGGUUUUUGUGCUUAUUUGUCCACACAUGUUGUGAAUGAUGUAAAUGCACAUAUGAAUUCUCUAUAAAAGAUUUAAUUAAAUGGUUUUCCAAGUUACUAUGUGAAUGUUACAGUCACAUGUCUUUUAAAGUUCUGGACUUUGAGUAUCUCGAAUAUAUUUUUCAUACUUUACUUUUCAGCUUGCCGGCAUUGGUGAGGUUAUUGGUUAUAUCUGUAUCAAAAUGGGCAUGUAUUAUGAAACUUAACUACUGAAAGUUCAUUUCGCUUUGAAUCGACUUGAGUGUAGCCCAUCUCUCCUGCCAAAAUGUCAGAGAGUCAGAAUAUAAUUGGUUAUGCUAAAAAGGUUCAUUUUCAAGAGGCAAAUUUUAAUCUUUUUAUGCCAGAGAAGUCUCAUGUUGUUCAGGCCGAACUGGAGAAACUGGGCCAUAUUCCAUAUAGUACAAUCCAUUUAGGAAGGGAUCAGAAAACUGAGCAGGGUGUGGAAGCCUGUCAAAGUAUUGAGCAGCAAGGUGUAAAAUUGCAGUCUGAGUGGCAGAUUUCAGGUGAUGUGCUAUCUUAUAAAAUCAGCAGUGCAACAAGUCAUUCACCAUUCUCAGAAGCUGGACAGCAAAGUCAGACAUCAUCAAAGGUUAAGAAAUCAGUUGGUCUGCAAAAGACUAGCAACAAUUUAACUGCCCUGGUCCUUUCAUCUAGUGAUCUGGUUGAAGUGGAGAGCUAUCCUAAAGACAAACUUACUCUUGAUUCUUUGCCGAAUAUUCUUAAACAGAUUAAAAAGAAAAGAGCAAUUUUGAAGCACAAUAAAGGUGAUAGUUCUCCACAACAAAGCCAAUCCAACAUGGCUUCCCGUGAUGAUGUAAUUGGAGAAAAAAAGUCAACAGAAAGGAAUCUGGAAGGUCUGGACACUGUGCGCAAACCUCUGGUCAGUUAUGAAUAUGAUCUUUCCUCUGGAGAGUCAAGUGCUGGAUCUGAACGGGAAGGAAAAAGUAGUGAGGUUUUCCAUAAAAAAGAGAGACAUUUUUCUGAAUCACCAUGUCAUUUAAGUAAAUUUGAUUCUGAUUCUGAAUCAGAAUCUGAUUAUGAUGUUGAGGAAGUUCCUUUUCCAUGUGCAGAAGAUCAAUCUGUCCUUGAGAAAAAACGGAGAACUCCAAUUCUGCAAAACAUCAGGGAUUUUCUUGGUUAUUUUCCAGUGGUACUCCCACACUGUUGUUCACUUUGUGACAAAACAAUUGAUACUCUGCAGGAUUGGAAUCAGCAUACGAAUGAUCCAUUACACAAACUACGUUGCCUGUUACUUCAGAGAGUCUACCCAGAUUGGGAUCCUGGAGAAUUACCAGCUGCAAAGAAAAAUCCCUUUGACAAAGGCAAGAUUUCAACUGACGAACUCAAAAAUAAGGUGAAGAUGAAAACAAAUGCAGAUAUUCCUGUGCAAAGCAGGCGAGAAAACCUGGCUUUCUUGAAAAUGGAUUCAGAGAUGGCCUGCAAUAACGUAAUUGAACACUUCAAGAAGAAACCUUUGUUCUACGGUAGAUUACUGACUGUAGAUAUAUCCUCUUCUCAAAUUCAACCACUGUUAAAGAAACCAUCUGCAAAGAUUGAAGAACUGUUGAAUAAAGUAAAUCAGGCAGAGAUGAGUACGAAAGAAUGUUUCCUUGGCCCUAUCUUGAAGGAUAAACCUGAUAACUUGAAGAAGCAUCUGAUGUCUGAAAGAGAGAUUAAGAGCUCUGAAAGUAGUGAGAGGGAAGAGUCCCACAGCUCUGAUGAAAGCAGUGAAGCAACAGAUUGGAAAAGCACAAGGGCAGAUGAGAUAAUGCAGCAAAGAAACCGUGAAAGUCAUGGGCUAAGUCAUGAAAUAAUGGAGCACCAAAGUCACACGAGAAGAUUGCAGAGUGGUGACCCUGCAAGAGUGAUGUGGAGGGAUGAUAUUGCAAGAAGUGAGUGGUGGGAGGGUUAUGAGAGAGAGUGCAGAACUAGCCAUGGAAGAGCGCAGCAAAGAGGUAAUGUUGAGAGAGAUGAAUGGAGAAGCAGUAGUGAAAAAGGAGACUGGGAGGACAGUGGUGAGAUUUGGGAAUGGAGAGCCAGUAUUGAGAGUGACAGUGGAGUUCAUGGAGGCAGCAGUGAGAGAGCCAUGAGGGGAGUUAGCAAGAGAGUUGAGGAUGCAUGGGGAGUUAGCAGCAGCAGUAAGAGAAGGGAGUGGGGAAGUGGCAUUGAGAAGGGGGAUAGAGAAGGAUCUGAGAUCAGAGAAUGGGAAACUGAUGAUACUAUAGAGAGUGCAGAAUGGGAAAACUACAAACGCUAUAUCUCCAAGGACAUAAAGGACGCUGAACUGAAGAGUGAUGGAGAAAAGAAAUCAGAGAAGGUUCAAGAGGAAACUCCUAUUCCAUUUUUGGAGAGUGACUUGGAAUUGGAAGAUCUAAUGGAAAAGUAUGAAUCAGAUGAUGGUAAGGCUGAAUUAGAGGAUACACAGUAUGAAGCCAAGCAUGCAACAAAAGGAACUGAAAAUCAAACUGUUGCGGAAAGGGAUCUACAGCAGCCAAUAUCUUUGAAGAAACAGAAGGAGAAUUGGAUAUUACUUGACAACCAGUCUCCUAGAGAUUUGAAUGAUGCUACUGUUGAAAAAUUUGAUACUAAAUUUGGGCAUUGUAUGGGGCCGAGGCAUGUGAAUCAGGAUAAAACUGGAGAACCUGGACGUGUGGUCUAUGUUGGUGACUUGGUACCAGGCCGAUGUACGAAUGGUGAUUUAAUACAUCUAGCUAAACUCUUUGGGAAGAUCAGUAAUAUUUUGCUAAUCAAAGGGAAGGGUGAGGGAUUUGUGGAGAUGUACAACAGUGCAGACGCUCAAGCCAUGGUGAGGUGUUAUAAAGCAAAACCACCUGUUAUUCAAGGUAACAUCAUCAAAGUGGAAUUGAGCCAGAAAUAUAAGAAGCUGCAUUUGAAGUUUCCUGGGACAAAACCAACUGGUGGUUUUACGUCUUCCUUUGGAGCAUCUCAGCAAAAGCAUUUUGGUGCCCCUCAAGGUAAACCUGGGCCUGAAGAAGACAUCUUAGCACCAACAAGCACACCAACUUUAGCUGAGCUCAGAGCUAAAUAUUCAACACAACUUCUGAGGUGGGCCAAUGUACCAAUUGAGGGUAAUAUGCCGACUAAAGAUAAGAGGUGGAAUCCACAGACUUAUGAAGGGAAAGAACUGGGCUGCUUCAGAUUCUUACCAUAUGCUUUCAAAAUCCCAAUGUUAGAAACUCAUGAACAAUAUCUACGGAGUUUUACUGGGACUCCUGAUAUGUUUGAGCUAGACACACCAAAGAUAGAUGAAGCAUUUCUUCAACUCCUGAUGGGUAAGAAAGUUGUAAGUUCACGUGAGCAUCUGGAGUUACUGCUCGGUGAACCAGAGAGAGUGUUAUAUAAGGCACAGUCAAAAGUAGCAGAAAUUGUAGGCCCACUUAUGUUUGCCAUAUAGAAACAUGAAUUAGAUGAUUUGUCUGGAGAAUUAGAUACUUUAACUUCUGAACAAUUAAUAGAGAGACUGCAGUCAACAAUAAUUUCGUGUCAUCAGUCGAUUGUAUGUGCUGGACAGACUCACUGCUGGUUGACUGGCCUUCGGACUGAGAAUUUGUUGCAGUUAUUCAAAUUUGGCAAGAAUUCUAUACAACCACAAGACUAUCCAAAUAUGACAUCAUCUGACCUACUGGGUGCUGAACUUGUGGAACAAAUACAAAAGAAAGCUGAAGUUUUGAAGCGUGUGACUACCCUACCACCAGUGACAAAAAUACCACCCAUCAACGUAUACAAGAAGAAGAAAGUUUUCCAGAAACAGCAGAGGUGGCAACAACCCUAUUAUCGUAAUUCGAGAUCAUUCAGAGGCCGUGGAAGAUCUUUUAGUGGACAUCUUCGAGGACACACUACCUUUUAGGACAGAUACAGUACAUUUCUUAAAAACAAGAAGAACUAGAUGAAAUCCAGUGCUUUAUAGCAAAAGCAUAUCGCCCCCUUCUGUG